AUGCCGCCUCGAAUAAAUAUACCGCCUGUUACACGCGUGGCUCUUGGAGCCCUGGCGAUCCAGUCUUUUCUCAGCGCCGCGAUCCGGUAUCGCCAGUGGACUGCCAAUUCGGAAAUUGUCAUCCCCUACCUCACGCUGAUUCCCCAGCUUUCCUUGAUCUACCCGUGGACGUUCGUGUCCACGACGCUCGUCGAGAGCAACGUCUUUACAUUCUCCGCCGCUGGCGCCACCCUGUACUAUGGUGGAAGGUAUCUUGAGCGAGCGUGGUCGUCGGCGGAACUGGCCAAGUUUCUCCUGGUCUCGUCGCUGGUGCCCAAUGUCCUGACCUUCCUGGUCUCUAUGGUUUUCUUCACUCUGACUCGCAACGAGAGAUGGACCCUCAUGACGAUCGCCGGCACCAUCCCCGUGCAGAUCGCCUUCCUCGUCGCCUUCAGCCAGCUCGUACCAGCGCACACCGUGACCCUCUUCCGCGGCAUCCUGUCUCUGCGCGUCCCGCGCUUUCCCCUCAUCUACAUCGGAAUCAUCACCCUUCUCUCCAUGACGCUAAUGUCCGUCGCAUCCUUCCUCCUCGCCAUCUUCGGCUUCCUCGUCAGCUGGACAUAUCUCCGAUUCUACAAGACCGUGUUCCCCGACCUCGACGCAUCCCAGUCUGCAGGCCUCCGCGGCGACGCCAGCGAGACGUUCGCCUUUUCCGAGUUCUUCCCCGGCCCCGCGAAGCCCUUUGUGGCCGCCGCCGCGAACCAGAUCUUCGAGGUCCUCGUCGCCAUGCGCGUCUGCACUCCCUUCUCCCAAGACAGCGUCUCCGCCGCUCGUGGCGGAGGCAGCGGCAGCUUCAUUCAACGCGGCGGACCCGGUGGCGCUCGUGCAGAGGCUGAGAGGAGGCGCGCCCUGGCCCUCAAGACGCUCGACCAGCGUCUGCACGCCGCGACCGCCGGCCGUGGCGCCCAUCAGCCCUCCUCUUCCUCCAAUGCGGCGGCGGCAGCGCCUCCUGCCCAGCCGACGGGCCCCACAGUGCAAAGCCAGCCACAGCCUAACACGCAGACGGCCAUGACGUCGCAGCCUGCGGCGAUGCUGGGUGAGACGAACUAUACCCCUGACCAGGAGGCGGAUCACAAGAAUGGGCCGUAG